AUGGUUCAAGACCCGGCCUCUAACGUCGACAAGCCCGUAUUCGUCAUCGUCCCGGGUUCGUUCUCGCCGGCCCCAUUCUACGCCGAUGUCGUCGACGCAUUGCGCUCGCAUGGCUACGAGGCCAUCGUCGAAACACUGCCAUCAUCCGCUCGGUCGCCUCGUCGGGGCGAGAAAGCGGCGACCAUGCAGGACGACACGGACCUUUUCCGCGACAUCGUGGAGAAACUGGCCGACCAGGGGAAGGACGUCGUCAUUGUGACACACUCGUACGGCGGCAUUCCAGGGACCGAGUGCUCCAAGGGUCUUUCAAAGGAGGAGCGAAAAGCGGCGGGCAAAGCCGGUGGGAUUUCGAGGUUCGUAUACGUCACCUCGGUGGUGCCGACACCGGGGAACUCAUUGAAGGACCUGAUGGGCGAGUUGGUCCCAUCGUUCAUCAACAUAGAGGGCGAGUUCAUGAGCCAUGUUACCGAGGAAAGUGCCAAGUUGACCUUUUCGGAUCUGCCUUUCGAGGAGGCCAAGGUCUGGGCGGAGAGGAUGUCUUAUCACUCGGCGUCCAGCUUCGAGGGAAAGCUUACAUAUCCGGGGUACAACAAGAUCCCCGUCUCGUAUAUCUUUUGUGAGAAGGAUGUCAUCUUGCCGCCGGAGUUUCAAAGAUCGGUGAUUGCCGGUAUCGAACGGGAGAGCGGGAAGAAGGUGGAUGUUCUUCGCUUGAGCGCGGCGCAUUGCCCCAAUAUCACUGCUCCUCAAGAACUUGCUGCCAUCGUCGUCAAGGCGAUUGCGACGGCAGGAUGA